CAGAGUUCUCAAAAGCAAAACUGUACGAAAUUGGAGACGCCCAAACUAGGUCAUUUCUCAUCUGUUGGCACAGCAGGUGUUGCUGUGAUGUUAAAUUUCAAUGUCUGCUUUGAUUUAGUUCCGAAGAACUUUGAGGGAGUUAGCGAGCACAAUGGGAAAUACUGUGAAAACUCCGAGAGCAUCCGAGGAAACCAGCGCGCCGAGCCAAGCGGGUCAGGAGAGUGACUUCCUGGCUGUUCUCCAUGACUAUCCUUCAGCAGACAUAAGCCAACCUAUAUUUCAUGUAGGGGAAAAACUACGUGUGCUAUCAGAUGAAGGAGGCUGGUGGAGAGUCCAUUCCCUUACAACAGGUCGAGAAAACUAUAUUCCAGGAAAAUAUGUAGCAAAGGUUUAUCAUGGCUGGUUAUUUGAAGGGCUGGGAAGGGAAAAAGCAGAGGAACUUCUACAGCUACCCAAUACCAAGGUCGGCUCCUUCAUGAUCAGAGAGAGUGAAACCAGGAAAGGGUUAUAUUCCUUGUCAGUGAGGCACAGGCAAGUGAAACAUUACAGGAUCUUCCGCCUCCCAAAUAACUGGUAUUACAUCUCCCCACGGCAAACCUUCCAGUGCCUUGAAGACCUUGUCAAUCACUACUCAGAAGUUGCUGAUGGUCUCUGCUGUGUCCUUACAACACCAUGUCUUACCCAGUGCACUAACAACAACACCGUGAUGGAUCCGGUUCCUCCUGUGGUGAUGCGGAAUAAAAACUUCAACUGGAGAAACAUUCACAGGCUGGAGGUGGCUGAAGAUGCCAAAAGCACCCUGGCAGCAAUGGAUGACUCUUGCCUCAGCUAUGGCCUGAGGGAAAGCAUCGCUUCCUACCUCUCCCUAACUGAGGAUGACAACACUUCUUUUGCAAGUGCCAGGAAGAAGAAAUCCCAAUCUCUCAUAUACACAGGGAGCAAACGUAAGAGUGCCCUUCACUUGCCACCUACACUCUAUGACAACUAAAUAUAAGACAAACAGGAAAAAGCCAAAAACUGACGAGUUAGAAGAGAAACCAGAGCAUCCUGUGGUCCUGCCAUCCUUCAACAGCUGAGAGAUACAAUCAGCUAAGCUGGUGGCCAAACACCAGCAGUUCUUCUGCAUUCCUCUUCUGAAUGCUCACCAGAGACCUUCCAAGGGUGCUGUCUCAGCCACGUGCUGCGAAUGUCCCCAGUGCACCAGAACUGGUUCACAAGCAGGAUAAACUGAGAUAGACUCUAAGUCAAAAGCCAAGUGGUGCAGGUGACUCUUCAGCAGGGGCAAUGCCCAGCGUUGUGCAGAGGUGACUGCAUGGGGAAGGACUAACUGCAGCUCAAGAACUUAAAUUAAGUCUAACUCUGGUAUUCUCCACAAGGAUGGAAACCUUCUUUACAGAACCUAUCUACACUGAAAAAAAGGAGCAUUUUUCUUUUCAAGAUAGACUUAUCCAUUGUCAUUGAAAUGGGUCAGAGAGACAUCAAUAACCCCAAGAAAGUAUCUAACAUCCAGCAUCCAAGAAACAUCUAAUUAUAGUGACUCCAUACUUUUAGGAGAAAAAAAUUAAAAUCACUGACUUUAAAAGUAGCAUUUAAUUCACUUGCUGGCAAUGGCCUGCAGUGUCAAAAAAUAGUCACAAAAUUAAGAACAGGCUUAAUUCACCAAGAAAAGCAGCUUCUGCUUAUACCUGAGAUGAGAGUUCAGGCAUAUCCAAACAUGUAAUUCAGCUGCUCAUAAUAAAACAGACAAACAGAGAACAAAGGAGGGUUUAAUUGAAAAGUAAGAUGUGAUGAUAUUGUGCCUAACUGCAAAGGUUGGAUUGCAAAGGUGUGACCUUUUACGUGCACAGGGAGAUAUUUUAACUUUGACUUCUGAAGUCAGCCACAUAUUUAUGUAUAA